GCCCUGGGCUCGCCUCCUUCUCCAAGGCGAUCAAUAGGAUCUCAGGCGCUCUACAAGCACUCUCUUACGUAGACAUCCACCAAGGAGAGAGCCGAUACAACAACACGGUUGAUCUGCUCAAACACAAAAAUCUACCUGCUUUCUGAAUCAUGUCGUUGAGCCCAAAGCACACUACGCCUUUUUCAGUGACAGAUAUUUUGAGUCCAAUCGAGGAGACCUACAAGAAGUUUAGUGGCAUGGACGGCGCAGGGAACCUAACCUCUCCACUGGGAGCCUACCGACAGCCUCAGGUGUCUCAGACCGGCAUGCAACAGCACUCCAUGGGCCAUAACGCCACCGUGGCCACCACUUACCACAUGCCGCACACCGUCUCCCAGUUCUCCCACAGCGCUAUGGGGGGAUACUGCAAUGGAAGCAUUGGCAACAUGGGAGACCUCCCGUCGUACCAGGAAAGCAUGCGGAAUAGUGCAGCAGCAACAGGGUGGUACAGCGCCAACCCUGAUCCCAGAUACUCCACAAUUUCUAGAUUCAUGGGACCUUCCACAGGUAUGAACAUGACCGGCAUGGGGAGUCUCUCAGGAAUGGCGGACGCCACCAAAUCCAUGCCAGCUCUCCACGCUGCGCCCAGGAGGAAACGGCGCGUCCUGUUCUCGCAGGCUCAGGUCUACGAGCUGGAGCGGAGGUUUAAGCAGCAGAAAUACCUGUCGGCGCCUGAGAGGGAGCACCUGGCCAGCAUGAUCCACCUGACCCCGACCCAGGUGAAGAUCUGGUUUCAGAACCACCGGUACAAGAUGAAGCGCCAGGCCAAGGACAAGGCAGCGCAGCAGCUGCAGCAGCAGCAACAGGACGGUAACCUGUGCCAACAGCAGGCGCAGUCCCCGAGGCGCGUAGCCGUGCCAGUUCUGGUGAAGGACGGUAAACCGUGCCAGAACGGCUCCAACACGCCGACGCCGAACCAGCAACAGGUACAACAGACCCAACAACAGAGCCAGCAACAGAACGGAGCCGGAGUUGUGCUCGCAUCCCCGACCAGCAGCCUCACCCAGCAUCAAAGCCAGCAGCAGGUGAACGCUUUGGAGCUGGAGGAGAUGUCGCCCAGCCCCCCCUCACUGCACAGCCAGCUCAACAUGGCCCAGAUAGACACAUCUGCUGUAGAUUACACCAGUAACAUGGUCAGCUCAAACCUCCUCUACGGCAGAACGUGGUAGGACUUAAUACAGUACUGUCACUUUUCACUUUUUCUAUGUGAACCUGCGGAUGAGCCCAUGCAAGAGCAAAUAUAUAUAUGUGAACAUAUGUCUAUAUAUGUUCAUACAUAUAUGUUCAUAUAUAACUAUAUAUGAAGGCUGAACACGGGGGCCCUUGGGUGUUGGAGGGAACAAGGCGCACAGAGGCGCACCAGCUGAUCAGGGCACAUUUUCUUGACAUCUCUGAGAGGGGAGUCUAUUUUUGAACAUUACAGAAAUGGCUGCCCUUGAAAGCAAUUAUGUCGUUUCUGGACCUUUUGUAAUCCAUGUUUUGGACCUUCCUCAUGAUGUUUUAAACGUAGUCUAUGUUGUUGAAACAAAAAGGAAUGCUGCUUCACUUGAGUUCGGACUGGGGAGGGGGUGAAGGUGGGAUCAGGUUUGAAGUACACUAAGCCACCACUCCUUAUUUACGGUGAUAACCUGGUAUUUUAUCAUAUUAAUAUUGUAAACUAAUGUAUUCAUUUAGACUUAUUAAAUAAAGUAGGGACUUGUAUAUUUGGCUAACACACAAGAAUGCGUUUAACUGUAUAAUAAUCGUUAUUGCGUCCACUUUUAUGUUUUCUUUAUUCUUUUGUAAGUUAAAAAGGAACAAAUGCGUGAUGGCUGCUGUAUAUGUUUCAAAACCAAGUGAACGUUAACAAUAAAUAACUUGAAGUGUGAGAGCUAUUCCUGAAGAAGUAAUUUUUUAAAAGGGAUCUGUUUUGGAGUGCAUUUUCAUUAUGUUGUGAUUGAGACCAAAUUGAGCAGGAAAGCAAGGUCGAUGAGGGAGCCAGCAUUGUUCAGGUGACAUUUUGGAGGGCUGCCUUUCAUGGAGGAUGUCUGCAAGUCUCUGAGCCCGGGAAAUCACCCUUUGAUAAAUCCCUAUCACUUCCCACCAGGUUUUAUAGUGACUUUAUUUUAUGCUUUCAUAUAUUAAUUAUGUUUCCUUUUCGACAAAUUCCCCAAACAUAUUGAUCUUACUUUGUUUAAUAGGCCCAGACCUUAAUUUUGCCGCAGUGUGAAAGAGAUUAUUAUGAAUGCGAGCUUCCAUAAAAAAUAGACAAUGACAAUUAUUGCAACAACGAAUAUCUAAAGGAAUGGAGCACAUGCCUCGCAUUAUUAUGAUGCUACAUUAAAGUUAAUUACACUCUAAUCAUACGGUACAUUUAUU